AUGUGGCAGGAGUGGAAUGACUACAACCUCAGGUGGAACGACAGCGAGUACGGGGGAGUCAAGGACCUCAGGAUUACCCCCAACAAACUAUGGAAGCCAGACGUGCUCAUGUACAAUAGAAUGAUAGCUAAGAUAGAGUUUGUAUUGGUGUAUAGUGCUGACGAAGGUUUUGACGGGACGUACCAGACCAACGUGGUGGUCAGAAACAACGGCAGUUGCCUGUACGUGCCCCCUGGCAUUUUCAAGAGCACAUGCAAGAUAGACAUCACUUGGUUCCCCUUCGACGACCAACAUUGUGACAUGAAGUUCGGUAGCUGGACAUAUGAUGGCAACCAGUUGGAUCUCGUGCUAAAAGACGAGGCAGGAGGUGACCUUUCUGAUUUUAUCACAAAUGGAGAGUGGUAUUUGAUAGGAAUGCCAGGCAAAAAGAACACGAUAACCUACGCCUGCUGCCCAGAACCCUACGUUGACGUGACCUUCACCAUCAUGAUCAGAAGAAGGACCUUGUACUACUUUUUUAACUUGAUUGUACCCUGUGUGCUCAUAUCCUCAAUGGCACUUCUUGGGUUCACGUUGCCACCUGACUCCGGAGAAAAACUAACCCUCGGAGUCACUAUUCUUCUAUCGCUGACGGUGUUCCUCAACCUGGUAGCUGAGACCCUGCCACAGGUCUCCGACGCUAUCCCCCUGUUAGGUACACUACCCAAACCUAACCCACACCGUUCGUCCAUCCCGCUUAACUCCCACAUUUAUGUUUACUUCAUAGUCAUUACCUCUUAG